AUGUGGAAAGAAGUCGACGAGGAGAAAGAACGGCUCUUCGCUCUGAUGAUACAAGUACAGGGAAAGAUUUCAAAGAGGAAGAACGGAGACCGCCAGGUUCAAGCACUUUCGGAAACCGACCUGAGGCAAUGCAGCUGGGGACAGGUUCUGACCGAAGUCGACAAGACCGCGGAGCGGUGGAAGGGUAGUCCCGACAAGGAGAGCAAAACUAUGGUGUUCAUUGACAGAAUCGGGAAGUAUUCAAGUGCUCUGGAAGCGUGGCUUGGGUUAUUGCCCAUGGGGGACUACGGAUCAAGCAUCUGCGGCGUGUUCAAGCUGGCGAUCGGUGCUGCGACGCAGUACAGCAGUACUGGGGAGACAAUCUUCCAAUUCUUGGCUGAUAUACCGGACAUUAUGGAGAACGCGAGGCAAACCGUUGCCCUCUACCGGGAGAUGGGGGGUCAUUCGCUGGACCGGAAGAGCUUUGAGUUAUUCAGAGCGGUUUUGAAAGCUCUCAACCACAUCAUGCAGUUUUUUGCGGACAGCAAGUUGGAAAAGUUCUUUCAGGUCACGAUAAAGCAGAGCGCGUACAAGAGCGAUUUGCAAGCUAGUAUGGACGUCGUCAAGAAACAAGUCCAGGCUUUCAAGGAGGAAGCUUACAUCUGCCACGCUCGAGAAACUCACGGACACACCCGCCUUUUGGCCAAAAUCAAACAGGACAACGAGCAUUUUCAGAAGAGCCUUCUCCAAAUGCUCCAGUCUAGCCCUUAUUUCCAGUCGAGUCGCUCAGAGCGUCUCGCCCCAGACCACAGGGCUCUCCCACCAAGAAUCUCCGGCUACGAUUUGGCGAAUGUCGACUACUCAGUGUCGGCCGAUGAAGCCAGCUAUCAACCGCGUCACCUCGGCUCCCAAGAAUUUCGGAAGCAGUCGUACGAAGACACAGCGGAAGCCAAAGCGGCAGCCGAGGCAGCGAGAUCGAAGCUUCUUCGACUGCUGCAGUAUGACGCGGAAACCGUUCAGAACGACAUUGCAACUUGUCUCCGACUUGGCUAUCGUCUUCACGAGAAAGGGAAAUCGAAAGCGGCAAAGCUUUUCCGAAACGACGACUUCAGGGCCUUCAUGGAGCAGUCCCAAGCCUCGACCAGCCUUCUCGUCAACGGUCGGGAUGAUCUUGCCGCGGCGGACGGGAUAUCUCCCCUUAGCCUCGCAACGGCCGAGCUGACGCGGAUCUCCCAAAGUGAAGGGUCUGAAUUUGGGCAGUUCUUUGUCAUCAACUUCUUUUGUGGCGAGCACCGUCCAAGACAUUCACUGGACCCUGACACAGCUUGGCAAUCAUCGGCAGUUGGCAUGAUCGCGAGUCUGGUCGGCCAACUUCUCAGCCAGACGACAGACCGAGGAAUGGGACUAAAUCUAUCCUUCAUGAACGACUCGAAAUGGAGGAAGGCAGGGAGGCUGGAACCGAAGGUUCUCUGCACAGUAUUUGAAGAGUUGGUGAGACAGCUGCCCUCGGGUGCGUUGGUUCUGUGUAUUGUUGAUGGGAUUGCGGUUUACGAGACACAGGCGAUGCAGCCUGAAACCAUGCUCGUGAUGGAGAAGCUGGUACGACUGGUGGGCAAGUUGGCGAGUGGACCGCAAAUCUUCAAGUUGCUUGCUACCUGUCAGAAUCGAGCCUUGGGGGUAUCGCAGCUUUUUCGGGGACGCACUCUGGAUUUGCCGGAAACCGUUGAUGCAGAUGACGCGGCAGAUUAUAUGAUCUCGACGAUGGGGAGUCAGAGAUCGUGA